AUGGGAGCAGGAUUAGCCGCUUUAAAUUAUUUGUCUGCGGAGCUAAAUGUGUUCUCUAAUGACGGCUGGGUUUGGGAUAGUAGUCUGGGAAGCUCAAAUAAACGACACUUUGACGGAUUUCCCCGAGAUUUUAUUGGUCAAAGGCAGAUAUCGAAGAACGGGUAUGCAAUUAAUGCAACUAGCCUUCAUAUGUUGCUACAAUCUUUAAUAGGCGAGCAUGCUGGGAGAACCGUACAUCACAUAUCGCAGCACUCAGCUUUGUAUUCAAACUGGAAUGGAACGUGGGAGCAUAGUGGAUAUCAGAUGAUAAUUAAACAUCCUUCUGUCAAAAUAUCAGUAAUUGCCGACACAACUGCGGUCGAACUGGCGUUGAGCCUAUUAGGCAACUGUACUUUAGGCUCGUAUUGCUCAACUGGUUUAGAAGUUAAUAGCAACAACACUACUUUGCCACAAAGCGAGACAGCAGUGGUUCUUGGUUUAGCUAUACGGAUUGGGGUGAAAAUGGUGGUUAUGCCAGUGAUUUAUAUAAUUGGGAUGAGCUUAAAAAUUAUGCAGUUGUCACCGAGGACGACGACGACGAUGGACAGGUUGUUCAGAUACAAUCAUGUACACCAUCGACUGAAUGUUACGGGUAUUAUAGCAAGAAAUGUUUUCUGA